GGUAACCAACACCUCAAAUCCUAUAUCUCAAUCGUUAGCAAAAUCAUAUUAUAAACAUGGCAAAUGUCGGACUGGGUAGCGCGGUACAAAACAAGGCCACAUCACUUAAAAAUGCCUUUGCAAAGGACCGACGAUUUCAAACCAUAGGGCUUAUUGCUAAUGGAUCAUAUGGGUUUACGAUGCGAGUUCAAAUCAAGGACCCGACACUCCCGGGUUUAGAAAACAUUGUAGUUAAACACAUCAACGGAGCUAGGGGUUCGAGGACCAAUUUAGCAGCCGAGAGAAAACACCUUGAGGCACUGCAAGAUAAUUUGCAUAUAGUACGGCUUAUUAAUAUACCAGACAAUCCUUUAAGCGGCAGAGUGGAUCGAAGAGAUUGGAUCAUAUUGGAAUGGCUGGAGUAUGGGGAGCUUCGUUCGUUUAUUACGAAGUCAAGAAUAAUGAUAGGAAGAGGAGUAAGGUUGCCGAAUCGUCUCCUUUGGAGGUUUUUCACAUGCUUGGUGAGGUGCUGUAUAGCUAUGGCCUGGCCCGAUUCUGGCGAAGAAGUACAAAGAGACGUAGAAUUAUCAGGAAUAGUACAUGGUGACCUCCAUCAAGGCAACAUACUUCUUGGAGAGCCUCCUCAAGAUGAUGAGCAUGGAUUUACACCAAUACUAAAACUUAUCGACUUUGGCGGCACAGAACAAUAUCCCCCAUCUGAAGAUGCAGACAAUCAAAAUGUCUAUGACAUUGGGCAAAUAAUGCUUGGCGUCAUUAACCUGAACCGUGGGCGCGACUCGACGGCUGACGAGCCUUUUUAUACGUGGAAUGGCAGAAGAUAUAGAACCGAAGCCACCGCCCUCAUCCCAACCCCGACGGGCGUUGAUCAUGCGCUGUGCACCGCAGUCUGCGCUUGUAUGUCAGAAAAUGCUAGUGCCCGCCCUUCUUUGAACGCUUUACUUCGGGUUGGAUUAAGAGGCUUGAAACAAACGCCAGAAGUUUACGGCGACGCUCCAGAAGAACAAGACGAUUUCAUUUUAUUAACAUGGAGGGCCAUUAUAAAUGACGCUCCAACUGAUGAUGAUGGCGAUCUGACUGAUGAUUGGUCAACCUCAGCUCCUUCGACAGGAGCUCCUUCAGUAGGAGGUACACCAGUACGUCCUGCAGACACGCCCUCUUCAAGACGCCCUUCAACAGUACGUCCUGCAGACGCGCCUCCUUCAAGACGCCCUUCAAUACCAAGUCCUUCAGUAAGACAUCCUAUGGUAAGGCCGCCCACAGAACCCCCCGAGUCUUCAGUAGGAAGCCCCCCAUCAAGACGCCCUUCAACAAGACUUCCUGGGACCUCCGAAAGAGAACUUCCUCUCAAUAGAAGACUAUUCCCUUCAUCAAAAGCUUCUUCAACGGGACGUCCUAAACGUAGACCAUCAGAGGAUUCUACAGGGACACGAUGGGAAUAAAGGAUCAAAGGAAUGAAAAGUCAUUUUUAUGAAUAAAAUACGUAAUAUCAUCAAUAUGACCAUCAUCAUCCAGUUGACCAACCUAAAACUAUGCCUUCGACUUCCACCUCUUCUCACCCUCAUGACAAGGCCAAAGGGAACCCAAAUAACACCGCCGCCGCCGCUGCAAUGGAGUACGAUAAAAGGUCAAAUUACUCCCUUAGGUAGUACAAGGUUUAACAGAGAUUUGAAUACACACAAUUAUGCACUGCCUGUCGAGGAGAAACAUCCUCUCAUAAAACUUUAUGACAAACAGACCACUUCCAACUUCCACGGGCUUCUCUAGGGCCUUCGGUGAAAGCUUAGCUAUACAGUUAAUUUAGUCUUUUCUCCUAUUAUAUAAGCUAGUAUAUGUAUUUAGUUAAAGGGACAUGUGAAGAUAUGCGACGAAGCAACUCGUUGGGUCAUUGACAAAAGGGUAUUUACGUAAUCACUGUUAAUAUCUCAUCUUCUAAUGUUGUUUAUAUCUUCGUCGAUGAUACCUUAGAGAGGGGCUACCGGGGUUAAAGGGUUAGGUCGGCAUAUAGAAGUGAGCACUAGUGGCCCAUUUCUCACGGUAGC